CCGACCAAGGAACGUCCGCGUCGCUUAUUCCCGUCAUUUCGUUCACGUGUUCUCCAAACUCACUCGGCUCAAACAACUGAGCAAAGAAUAAACUACUUUUACGGAGGAACUAAGAUUAUUAUCGGGUUCGAACAGCGACGGUGUUGGAUCGUAUUUUUUUUCAUUACAUUCGGGACAGCAGUAACGAUCGAAGAAAAUCCAAAACUUACCCUCUGGAUUACAAGUGGAUUACGGGUGUUGUUGUUUUGUAUGUUUCUUUUUUUCUCUCGUUGUUGUUUUUUUUAUUUUUAUUUUUUUUUUUUUUUUAUUAUUAUUACUUUUUUUUCUCGAUUGAAAAAGUGAUUCGUGUGACUCGACGCUUGUGGUGUUGCGAUCAGUCUUUUUAGUUGUUGUACUUCGUAUCCAUCGUACGGGAGUUUAGUGAGAGGACGUCACGUAUCCGACGUACCUUCGUCGCAAGUCUGUGUGCUCCCGUGAGAAUUAUCUUCCACUCGUUAUAUGAAUAAGGCGGGUGGGAAUUUAGCUCGAUCGGAGGACACUAACGAAAUUGGAGUCGAUCGCUGUCGUCGGUCCUCGGGAUCACGUGGAGAAGCAUUUUUGUUUAUUGACGAUCGUUGUUCAUCCGCUCCGGAGACUCGGAGGAAUUAAAAGCCGCAAAUGCAGGUGCAGAAUGCGGAACGAGGACGCUCCGAAUGGCACUAGACGGCGCGACACUUCGGUCAAAUAUCCAUCGAAUUCCAUGAGAACGAUAAUCGAGGUCGGAGGGGGCGGCGAGUGAGGUCUGACAUCGGGCAAGAAGAAAGCUCAAAAUUCCGAAAAGUUUUACCAAUGAAAGGCGAGACGUGCGAGUGGAGCUCGUCUUCCGGUGAGCUAAAAUCGCAGCAGCAUUCGAAGCUUCCACGAGCGAUCGAAAGUUCGGUCUUCCGGCGGCUUCCGAGAACGUCCCCAAUCACGAGUCGAUGAAGCCGCGAGAGUGAGUUUUAUCGAAAAGUUGGUGAAAGAACGCGAAACCGUUGGAAACUCGGAGGAUCGACGGAAAAAUCGUCCAGUCCAGAGCACAAAAGGUCCUCAAGAACAACGGGAUAGAAAAAUAGUCGAGUUUAACAGUUGAAAAAGUGCAGUGAUUUUCGUGUUGUCCAAGAACGAGGGUCCUUCGUAAUCAGGAUUAUUAUCAAUCAAACAGCGAACGAGAGUUGAUCCGCAUAUUGGCAAUGUGCAAACGUCUCGUGACAAACGCCAAAUCGUGAUUCAUUAUUCGAUAUUUGUACGGAUACAUACGUGUGGCUUGUUUAUUUUCACCGAAAAUAGUGCAUGCCGGAUGCUAAAGUGUGUCUCGUCGUGUGAAUGUGGCCGUUUCGCAGUGAUGCUCUAAUCAGGCGGGGGACGAAUAUAAAUAAUAAAAAAAAACGGCGACGCGUAUCGUAGUGCGUUGCGAGAUCGAGAGUGGGGCAACGAUUGUGUAAAAAGUCAGUAAGGAAAGAGAUUCCGGGGAGGCCAUUAACAGCGAGGAAAAACGAGAGAAAAUUCUUUUUCUUUGGGGAGAAAAGGACCACCACUUUUUUCGUGGCGGUCCUGGCGGAAUCGCGUUAUUUAUUAUUACGAUGGUUUCCCCGUCUUUCGUUACCCUCGUGUUCCUCGUCUGCCUCCAAACGGUUCUACUUUCCACAGUUAGCAACUGUGCGAAAACCAUCAGCAUGUACUGGAACACGACGAAUUCGAUAUUUCGGAUCGACAACACCGAUCACAUAAUAGAUGUGAACAAAAACAACGCGGCUUUCGAGUACGAUCAAGUCAACUUAAUAUGUCCUGUCUAUCUGCCGGGGAAAUACGACGACGAGGCUGAAAAGUACAUCAUCUAUAACGUGUCGAAAGAAGAGUACGAGACGUGUCGGAUAACGAACGCGAGUCCCCGCGUUAUAGCCGUAUGUGACAAACCCUACAAGACGAUGUACUUUACGAUAACGUUCAGGCCAUUUACACCGCAGCCAGGAGGCCUCGAGUUCCUUCCAGGCCACGAUUAUUUCUUCAUAAGCACAUCGUCCAAGGAGGAUCUUCACAGGCGCAUCGGUGGACGAUGCACCACCCACAACAUGAAGGUCGUCUUCAAGGUGUGCUGUGGCAACGACACCAACAGCUCGUCAUCCUCGGCAACGUCACGCAACAAUUCAGUCUCGGUGACGAGCAGCACAGUGCCAAGCAGCUCGACGGGCAACGGAAUAAUGGGAGGUGGAUCAGCCGGUAUGCCUCAAGCUCCACCACCGAGCGUACUCAAGGGUGGUGAUCGGGAGAGAUUUUAUCCGGGUGGGACUGUUCAUCAUCAUCAACCAGCAGCAACAGCCUCGCCAACACUGCCUCACGCACCACCACCGGGCGUCUAUUCGCCUCAUCCCCAUCAGCCACAGCCCCCAAUUUACAACGGACCACCCUCCGCAGCGCCCCCCAAAACUUCAAUACCACCCAAGAAGAAGAACAAAGAAUAUUCGGAUCACCCGAACGAAGUAGUGACGAACGAAGAGUUGACGUACAACGGUGGUGAGGCGACAAAGCGGCGAUCGCAGUCUUAUCAUAGUCUUAUGUUGAUGACGACCGGCACGCUGAUGGCAAUCAGUUAUCUGAUCCCGGUAUUAAUGCGGUGAAGCGACGAUCUAUGUGUAUACGUGUGCAUAUAUAUAUACAUACAUAUAUCAUCGCAAUGCGUCGAACAACCCCUUCUUCUGUGAUUAUCCUACGUUUAAUUCAUUUAAUCGCGACGAAUCGUUGAAUCCGGGAGAACGAACGAGAGCGAGCCGAUAACGAAGAUGGAGAAGAUCGAUGGGAGGUGGAGGAAAAAAUAUUUGACUGAGAGGGAAACUCGAAGAGAAGACAAGGAAAAUGGGAGAAUAGUGAGAAGUCUGGCCCCCGCGCGAAGCGACGAAUCACCGGGUGAAGAAAAACGAAGUGGAGAAUUUCGCGAGCGAGGCUGGUCCGUAAGAAAAUUGCGACUGAAAAAUAAUGGGGGGGGGGGGGGGGGUGCGAGAAAAGGAGAUAAAGAGUUGUGAGCGAGGAUGGCGCGGGGAAAAAAGACGUUUCGUAAGAUAAAACAUUGACGAAAAGCAACGCGAAUAUUUCAGGAUUUCAUCGUUCUCCAGGUUGCUCUCGGUGUAACGGACACACAGAAAAAAGCCAUAUUAACUAUUAAACGAUACUACUAGACUACGUAGAUACGCCCACACUAUUAUCACUACUGUUAAAAAGAGUAUAAAAGACGAAAAACCGGAGGCGAGAAUAGAAGCGAUGGAACGAAAGAGUUGAAGAGGGAAGGGGCGGGAGGAGGGAGGCAAGAAAAAAUAGUAGUCGAAUCGUCUCCUCUCUGAUCACCGUGUCACGAACAAUUGAUGGUAUUUAUUUCAAUAUUUUGCGUGGCUAAGUCUGUGUAUCUUCGGAAGAGAGAGAGAGAGAGAGAGAGAGAGAGUGCGUGUGUGAGAGAGAGUGAAAGUGGAGUGUGCGAGAGAAAAAGGAGAAAGAGUCGACCGAAACGAUCCAAUCGAAAGUGUCGUGUAACGGAAAAUAUCAAUUCUCCAAUGAUUAUCGACGAACCGAAUUCCGAAUUUCUCUAGGCGAACUAAACGAGCGAGGAUUCGCGGCGAGCAGUGUGAAAUAUCACGUGGAAAAUUGAGUUUGGCUCAUUUUUUUUGUGAUCAUUGGAACAAUCUUGCGAGAUGUAUUUGACGCUAAAACAUUUAUAGUUCGAUAUGAGAAUCGCAGAGGAAGAAACGAGCGAAAGAGACAGAGAGAUGAAUUAGCACGCGUGUAAAUAAAUUCCUAAUGAUUAUGUACAAUUGGCCGUUAAUUGGCCUCAUUUGGAGAACGCGAGAACGAUUAUUCGCGUUCUACUGCCCUCUCACGAUUGUUCGUGAUAUCAUUUUCGUCCAUAUACGUGUAUAAUAUAUAUAUAUAUCGAUAUAUACGUACGUACAUGGAUAUUGACGAACACACGUAUCAGUUACGAUCGUGAAACACGCGACGACUGAGAACACGGAUAAAAAGGGUUUCAAGUUGAAAGAUUGAAAAAUCAUUCGUAUCAGGCGAAAUGCGUCCGAUAAACAUACAAAGAAAACAAAAAAUUACGACGGCGACGAUGACGAUGACGACGACGUAAAGACAUUUGUAUUAUAGUUGUAUCAUACCGAACUCUAUCCAUAGAUCUGUAUUAUAUUUAUUAUCUAUCUAUUAAUUACUAUUACUAUUAUUAUUAUUAUUAUUAUUAUUAUUAUUAUUAUUAUUAUUAUUAUUAUUAUUAUUAUCAUCAUUACUAUAAAAACGCGAGGAGUAAAAAAAAAUCACUCGACAUUUUAUAAUUACUAGUGAAAUAUCAAAUUCAAUAGGGAAUAAAAAUAGCAAAGAGCUAAAUACGCCCUCGCUGUUCCCUCCGACUCUCUGUCUCGGUUUGUUUUUUAUUAUUUUUGCCUUUUGUUCUCCGGUCCUCGCGAGUUUAGUUUUCUUAAGCCCCUCUAGCUCACUGUCCUCUUUUUCGCCCUUGCACUUAAUUUAUUCCGACACGAAACGUCGAUCAUGGAGGAUUGUCUUUUCCUUGUGUGUUUGCUUUGUACUUUAAUACGUUUUUUUAUACCUUUAUUAUUGCAUUGUUUUUGUUUGAUUGUUUUCCUUUUUAUUUUCACAAAUACGAGAACAAGACUUGGAAAUUCGUGAUGAAAAUACGACGAAUUCACGCGCGCGCGCGCGCGCACGCGUAAAUUUUGAUGAAAGUUAAAAUAAAAGUAAUCGCGAACGCCGAGACGAAGGAUAGCGAUGAGAAAAGCGAACAAAGAACUCUAAUGAAAAUAAAAAAAUUGACUCACUUCCCGGUUUACGUAGCAAGGAGAAUUUAUCGUCAGUGUUCAAUGUCGGCCAUAAACGGAAAGAAUUUAUUAUGAGAAACAAUAAAUAAAUGGGGGGGGAAAAAAAAAAAAAAAAAAACAUUACGAAACGAAGAAAUAUUCUAGGCUAGCGGAAAAGCGAGAAAGAGAUCGAGAGAGAGAGAGAGAGAGAGUGAGAGAGAAUGAAAUUAUUGUAAAUAGAUUUGAAUGUCCUCGUCGAAACUCGAGUAAACUCUGCACGAAAAAGCUUUUUCAGCAAACGACGAAAUUCCUUUCUUCUCGUUCAUUAUUGUUUCACGUUUAUCUUUAUUUUUACGAUAAAUGACGCGCGAGGGAGAAUAAAAAUGAGAAUAAAAACCGAAAACUGGAAACGCUCGUGCUACGUUGUCCAUUACAGUAUUGUAAGUCUAAGUAUUACAGAAAAGAACGAUUAUGAAAAUGGUCGUCGAUCGUCGAAUGAAACUCGACGAAAUUAUGUCUCUCGUUAUAUUUAACUCCGCUAACGAACGUUGCCCGAAUUCGCAACGUUACAAAGACCAUCGUUUUUUUUUUCUUCUCAUAUCGUUUCGUCAAUAUUAUUUUAAUCCCAACAGCGAUUUGGAGACUCGGAACUCUCGCGAUUACCGAAAUGUAAGAAAUGUAAUUAAAUUUCUGCGUUGACGAGAUCAUGUGGAGGAAGGCGAGCAAGGGGAAAGAAGAAAAAAGCAUGAAAGGCAGAGAGAUAUUAAGGACGUUUGUGAGGGCGCUUGUCCCGAGUGCAGAGAGAAAAAAGAGUGAGUGAACAUGAGAUUUGUAUAUUAAUUGAAUCGAAGAGGAGGCACGAGGUGGAAAAACUAGGAUUCGCGUGAAUGUUUGAGUGAUGAAUUCGUAUGAGUGAUGAAAUAGUUAAAUACAAAUAUAACAAUAAUUUAUAGGCUCGAACUAUCGAUAGAAAAUAGACAAAAUCACACACAGCGAUUCAGUUUUCUCGUUUUAUUUUAUUUUAUUCCCAAAAUAGCCUAAACACCAAACCAUAUUUUCCCCUCCCAUUAUUCAAAACUAUUAUUUUACGUCAAAUUUGAACGAAGGUGAGUGAAUAUUAUGAGCACGUUUCCUCUAUUCAUUUGCUCAACAAUAUUCUUCAUUACUUUUUCUUUCAAUUAAAUUUAUUUCCCUUUUUUUCGAUUUUCCAUUAUUUUUAUCUUCUCAUAUUUUCCUUUUAUUUUUUCAAUUCGAAGCCAUCGCCCUAGCGACGAAUAAUCGUGAAAACAAUUGUGUCAAUCGUUGCUCAUGAAAAAAAAUGUGGAAUUUCGAAGGAAAAGGUUAAAAUAACCAAUGUUAUUUCACACAAUUUAAUGGCUCAUCGCGAAAUGAAAUUGUUUUCAUCAUUGUCACGCGCACUCGAGCCCUUCCGUUUUAUUUCCAAUAUCGUAUUCGUUUUUUAUCAUUUAUUUAGGGCGCGUCGACUCGAGCUACGAAUAUACACGCUGUAAGCCGGAAUAACGAGAAGAACAACGAUCGCGCGUCACUCAUUCGUUGUUCCAGAAUUUAUACAUAUAUACAUAUAAAUACAUUGAAUUUGUUACUUUCCGCGACGAAACGAAAAUCGCUAACUUCAGAUAUCGACGCGAGUGGGAGAUGCGAACAAGUCAGAAGAUAUUCAAAGUAUCCCCGAUUCGCGGUUCUCAUGUAAAUAAACAAAGAUAAAGACAAAAAAGGAAAGCAGAAACGAUAAUGUUUGAGUAUAUGCGAAGAAACAAACGAAGAAAAUGAGACGAUGAUUGCAAAUUUAUAUUAAAGACGAGAAAAAAAAAUUGAAAAAAAAAAAAAAGAAAACAAUACAAAUACAUAGCAAGUACGAGAUAGGUUUCUAAUAACGACUUACUAUUAAAGAGAUGAGCGCGAGGGAGAGUGGCGAGGAGGAAGGAUACUAAAAAAAAAAAAAACACAAAAAAAAACAAAAAAACACAAAAAAAUCAAGUGGAUGUACGUUGAUGUCUAAGAUUUUUAAACGAAAGAAGAAAAAACAAAAAAAAAAACACAAACUCAUUAUUAUCAACCUAUGAUUAUUAUUCGUAACCGAUAAACACCGAUCACUGUCUCA